CGGGAGGAGCCCCCCGCUCCCGGAAGCGGGGCGAGGGGAGCGCGGUUCCCAUAGCAACCGCUGGCCGCCGCCAUGUCCUUCAAGCGGGAAGGCGACGACCCCGCGGAGCUCGGGGUGCUGCAGAAGAGACGCGUUGCAGACCUCUUGGCCAGCUACAUCCCCGAGGAGGAGGCGCUGCUGCUGAGGAGCGGGAGGUACGCCUGCACCGUGUGCGCCCAUCGCCCCGUCUUCGACACGCUGGACGUGCUGAGCGUGCACAGGGCUGGCAGGAAGCACAGGAGCAGCCUGCAGCGCUUCUAUGGCAGGAAGUGCUCGGGUGAGGACACGGCGCAGAAGCUGCAGCCCAAGGAAGAGGUGCAGGCAGAGGGUUCCCCAGCCCCUCUUCUGGCACGGACAAGGAGGAUUGCCCAGAGUGCUCUGUUGAAAGCAGCUCCCUACAGCAGCUGCUGCCGGAGGACGGGGGUGGAGGGAAGCAGCUCACGAGCUUGGACGGGGCCGAGUGCUGCCCCGGCGCCGGCAGAGCCGUCGCAGAAGGAAGGAGAAGCUGUUGUCAGCAGCACUGCAGCUGCGCUGCUGGGGCACCGCGGUGGGCAAGCAGGUAAGAGCCAGGCAGCAGCUCUGGGGCUGCACGGCCUUGGGCUCUGCGGCUCCCCACAGCCCCUCUCUGCCCUCCCAGACCCCGUGAAGGUGACGCCCGGCCGCAGAAACAAAGCUUCCUCAGCCCCGGGGCAGCCCGAAGCCCUCAGCCCCGAGAGGCGCCAGGCCCUGGAGCAGUACCUGAGGCUGCGGAGCGCCGGCUGGAUCCGGGACCGCUCGGGCAAGUGGGUGAAGGACGAGAACGCUGAAUUCGACUCCGACGAGGAGGAGCCGCCCCUGCUGCUGCCGGCGUGAGCCCCCCCCCACAACCCCUGCCCCAGCGCUCCCCAUGGGCACGGCU